AGCCGGUGACUGCCACGCCAAAAAUUCUGGAAUCUCGAGACUGAUCCUGAUCGGGGCUUUCGGCCGAUGGUUUUAGUCUUACGUUGGCAGUUGAUCGGUGAAGAAAAAGCGCAGUGCAAUGAUGAUCAAAUUUAUUGUGCCCUGUGUUGUGCUUCUGUGUUCCAUUUCGGCACUGAAAAUAAAAUUCCCGGCGUAUUUAGAUCAUCGACAGGCAGAUCCCUGGUACCAUCGCAAAUGUCUUACGGAAACUACCACCUCAACGAUCUACGAAGCGGAACGCACCAUCAUUCCAACGGAAACGGUUACCUCAACUACGACCACUACUAGUGCCACGAUUGUAACUUCCAUCGAAAAAGUAACGGUAACGCUUCACCCAUCCGAUGUGACGACCACCUACACCCACACUCCGACCGUUGUCGUUACGCCUUCGCCGGUUACAGUUACGGAGACCAUCACCGAUACGAUCACUCUGAGCUCAACGCCCAUGAUAUCGAUCGAAACAAUGGUUACAACGUUAACGACGACCUUAACAGAUGUUUUGACGACAAAGGCCACCAUCUACGAAACACACACGGCUUUCAACUAUGAGACGGUUACAACCACGGUACUGUUGGACUCGGAAAAGUUAAUGAGGACAGCUGAAUUGAUCAUUCCUACGAAAAUCAUUCACGAAGCACCCUACUCGAGAUCACCGGAAGGACAAGAAUACGGUCUUGAGAACCUACUUGAAUAGAUCGGAACAAAAAUGUCAUAGCAUUGCUUUAUAUUUCAAUAAAAUUCUAUGUUAAGCUUUGUAAA